UUUAAUCCAAUGCCAUUUUUUCCUUUUUCCAAUUCAAAAAUCUCUACUUCCUUAAGGCUUUCACCACAAACUCAUAUACUGUAGCCAAAAGACAACACCAAUAUAAAACAUACACUUUUUUCCCCUUUUUAUUUUCUUUUCCAUUCUUUUUGCGUGUUGGCCACCCACUGAACACAUUUGCACUCACAAAUAGAAACAGAGAGGCCUUAGGCCACUGGUUGGUUUCAGAGAUGAACAGCAUGCACAUAGAAACCCCAGAAACUUUUGCCGAUGCUGGCAAAAACUUCGACGAAGAUGGACGAACUAAAAGAACUGGGACAUGGGUGACUGCUAGUGCCCACAUCAUAACAGCUGUGAUUGGCUCUGGAGUUCUGUCUCUUGCAUGGGCAAUUGCUCAGAUGGGUUGGGUGGCUGGUCCUGCAGUGUUGUUUGCCUUCUCUUUUAUCACAUACUUCACUUCCACUCUUCUUUCUGAUUGUUACCGUUCACCUGAUCCUGUUCAUGGCAAGCGAAACUACACGUAUUCUGAGGUUGUCAAAGCUAACUUAGGAGGCAGAAAAUUUCAGCUGUGUGGAUUGGCUCAGUAUAUAAAUCUGGUUGGUGUAACCAUUGGCUACACUAUAACUGCAUCAAUUAGUAUGGUGGCGGUGAAGAGGUCGAACUGUUUUCACAAACAUGGUCAUCAAGACAAGUGCAACAUAAACAACUACCCCUUCAUGAUCGUUUUUGCCUGCAUUCAAAUUGUUCUAAGUCAAAUACCAAACUUCCAUAAACUCUCUUGGCUCUCCAUCGUUGCAGCUGUUAUGUCUUUUGCUUAUUCUUCUAUUGGCCUUGGACUCUCCCUAGCCAAAGUUGCAGGUGGGGGACACGUGCGGACAUCCUUAACAGGGGUACAAGUUGGGGUGGAUGUUUCUGGAACAGAAAAGAUUUGGAGAAUGUUUCAAGCUAUUGGUGACAUUGCCUUUGCCUAUGCUUUUUCAAAUGUGCUCAUUGAAAUCCAGGUAAUAAUAUUUAUGUAUUUAUUUAUUCUUUGCUAAUAUAUUUUUCGUAUU